AUGGAAAGUGAGACUAAGACUACCCGAGCGGAGGGAUUGGAGGUUGAGAGGGAGGAGGGUCGUCGACGGGAUCCAGAAAAAAAGGUCUUGGCAUUCGGCGCACUCUCAGCCUUCUUUCUGUCGGAGUUCACAGGCACAGGAUUCUUCUAUCUAUGGAGAAAUCUGGAUGCUCCCGCCGGAGGCGUCAUGCCUACCCGCCAAGGGCCGUGGCUACGUGUCUAUGACCAGGGAGGCACUCAGAAUGUGAACGAAUUAAUUUUCGAAUCACAGCCCAUACAAGGGAUCGAGGUUAUCCGAGAAAAUGCACCUCAAACGCUGUCUCGUCAGUUCAAUAUUGUUGCUUGGGGUGGCCGCUGGAUGCGCUAUGGAGUCCUCAAUUUUGGAUCCAGUGCGGAUCCGCCCGCCUUAAGCAAGCCCACUGUCAUCUUCAACCCUAUGUUUGAUGCUCAGGACUGGGUUCUGAAAGUUGCCAUACUUCAGGACAGUACACGAAGCCCCAGCCAGGCAUCCGUAACAAGCACAUUUAUGCUCACUUCGCAUAAUACACUGCUAGAGGUUUGUCCGAAAAGCCUUGUCGACUCCAGUCCACCAAGUCAUAAUGUUGUUGUCAAAGUACAAGGCCUACAAUCCUUUCUAUAUUCUGGAGAUAUUAAUCUUGUCGACGCGAAUUAUAUCAUUAUUGCAUCUGGAACAGUCUUCGGGGAAAUCAUUGCCUGGACUUGCCAAAGAGCAAAUCAUUCUGCAUCUUGGGUUCCGAUUACUAGACACAGAUACAAUGGACACCGAGGCUCCAUUUUUGGAGUAAAUAUCUCGCCAAAAUUGACCUUGAAUGGAAAACUUACAAGGCUGAUGGCAAGUUGCAGUGAUGAUCGCACGAUACGCGUUUGGGACAUCAGCAAUUGCGAUCAAUCCACUGCAUUGCUAAGCUGUCAGUCUUUACCCGUCCUAACAGGCUUUGGCAAUAUUGAAAAUCUUGAAGAUCUCCAACUGGCUGCUACUUGGGGCCAUGCAUCUCGCAUAUGGAGCGUUUUGUUCGACAUAAGACAGAACAUCUCUGGUCAAGAUGAGGUCUUUCUUCUUUCCAGGGGUGAGGAUGCCACAUGCCGGUUCUGGUCCUUAAAGGUUGGAAUCGAUGCACAAGCGAACCAACCAUUUGUCUUGCAACCUGUAAUGCAGGAUCGACAUCAUAGUGGGAAAAAUAUUUGGUCAUUGGCUCAAAUGAGGAUCGAAUCCUCAAUGAGAGUGUACACUGGUGGUGCAGAUGGUCAAUUAGUCCUCAGGACGAUCGGUGAUGGUGAAAAUGCCCUUUUGCCUAACUCCAAAUCUUUUAACGAGAUCACUGGCUCCGGGAGAGCUCUAAGGCUUUAUACCUUACUCACGCAUGAAGAAUGUCUUGCGACGACAGAGUAUGGAGAGUUAUUCCUGCUGUCUACCAGAUGGGGCUCAGUUACCCACAACUGGAUCAAAAUCCUCGAUUCUAGCUCCAAGAUGAAUAUGAUAACGUGCUAUUUAAGAAGACGAAAGCUCGUCGUUCUAGCCAGGCAGAAUGGGACACUAGCCAUUUUACAACUCUCCGAUCACCACCUAAUUCCACUCUCGACCUCGCUUCAUGGUGCGAUCUCUUGGAUCCAUGCCGUACAUCAACCCGACCCAGCGGAGGGAUUGCCCACUUGCAUGAUAGCAUGUCUGGCGAACAAUCAAGCUUUCAUUUUGCGGCUGCCGGCGACCUCUCCUUCUGAAAUCGAAGUGGCCUCUCUCACUCUCCCGGAGACGUUUACAAUCACAGCUUCUUGUUAUGACCCUGCAACUAAAGUUCUGAUCUUGGGUUCUCGUGCCGGUGCAUUAGCUUUUUAUUUUGGUAUAUCGAAGAGUGCAGAGUCGGCUGCAAGUUCAUCAUGUUUCCGCCACGUGCAUGGAGAAAACUGCAUCACAUCUAUCAAGGUUCUUGGGACCAUGAAUGAGGCUGAAACCGGCACGUAUGGAGCUAUUCAUAUACUCACAACUGGAAGAGAUGGGUGUUAUGCCGUCCAUUGCAUUAAGCGGGAUUCGGCUGCAGGAGUAAAUCAACCUCACUUCUCCACCCUUCAUCUUUCUUCACCUCCCUUUGGCCCAAAUAUCGAGGGGUCCUACUUCGCAAGAAAUGAUAUGAUCACAGGUGCCAAAUCUGUUGAUCUCAUUCUUUAUGGAUUUCGCUCUAAUUCAUUUGUCGUUUGGAAUGAGACACAACAGCGUACAAUCUUCUCUGUGGAUUGUGGUGGAUCCCAUCGAAGCUGGUCAUAUACAGACUCGAGUAGCCAAACGGAGAGCGAAACGCUUAAGACUACCGAUCAGGGUCGAGUUACUCAAGAGGUGAUGCGUACGUUUGUUUGGACUAAGGCGGGAAAUUUCAACUGGCACACCUUACGAGGAUCAAGCCACAAGUCGAUAGUAAUGGGUGGUCACGGCCGUGAAAUUAAGGCAGUCGGUGGUUGCAGCAGAUUCUACAAGUGCAAUUCUCAGAACUUGCCAUUAGUGGCUACUGGCGCGGAGGACACCAACAUCCACAUUUUUGCCUUGCCCGCUGGCCAGCUCAAGGUACUUGGCAAGACAGCCUUUCAGUCUCUUACUGUCCUGAAGGGCCACACAGCAGGCCUUCAACAUCUAAGUUUCUCUCCAUCUGGAAGAUAUCUUUUCAGCAGCGCAGGGUGUGAGGAAUUCUACAUCUGGAAGCUGACCUUCGAUGUUCCUUGCAUUGAUGUGGGAGUGGUGUUGCAAGAUCAGCUACCGAAAGAGGACGCGGACUCCGAUGCAAGGAUUAUGAGUUUCGAUCUAAAGGACAUCUCAGAUAAGUCACCCGUGGCGGCGCUUCAUGAGUCUGCCUUCCUGGUAGCCCUGGCUUAUUCCAAUGGCAAGGCUAAGAUCGUCCACUACACUCCCACCAGCAAACGGAGGCAAGGCAGGUUUGAAACGUUGAGAGAGAUUCAGUACGGCUCCUUUUGUCUGAUGCAAGCAUCGUUUCUAUCAGGCCAUGUACGGACCGAACCAGGGCAAUUUGAUUCAUAUAUCUUAUCCGGGGGAACCAAUGGAUUUUUGAAUAUGAGUGCCUUUAAUCUGGCCGAUGUUCAGCAGGGCCAUACCCCAAUCGAAGUGCACCGUGUGCACCAGAGCAGUAUCUUGUCCAUGGACACCGUUCCUCUGGCUCAAGGCUCAUGGCUGACCGCAACUGGGGGCGAUGAUAACGCACUGGGUCUCACAAUAAUAUCACGAGCAGCCAUCCCGCUGGCUCUCAAUACAACUGCUGCACGCUCACUUUGUGUUCCCAGAGCACACGCUGCUGCGCUAACAGCGUUGAAGAUCGCCAGCGUCAAGCGCACUGCCGGCGGGUUUAACGUGGCGGUCAUCAGUGUCGGAAAUGACCAACGGGUCAAGAUAUGGGAAGUGGGGGUGUCAGACUACUUCUUAGGCCACUCCAAGGACAAGCUCCUAGAUGGCUUCAAGGUGAAGAAGCUUGGUGCUGCAUGGACAGCAGUAGCUGACAGUAGUGCCAUCGAGAUUGUGAGAGAACCAGAAGAGGGAGUACUGCACAAGCAUGAACAACAGAUCUCUGCUCCAGAGAGGUGCAGAAUAAUGAUUGUUGGAGUGGGCAUGGAAUUGUUGGACGUUGACCUGCGUUCAAAUUAA